AUAGAGAAUUCCUCUCUGCAGUCAGAGUCUUUAUUGACUCAACCUACUAUAACAUACAGAUCUUAGAUUUUCUUAUUGGCACCUCUUGGGGCUAAGCAUUGCUACUUUGCUCCAUUUUACAGAUGAAGAGGCUGAAGGAAGCAGAUAAGAGAUAAAAAGGGAAGUGGAUGAGAGAAGCACAAAGGAAAUUUGAAGAAAUAGUAGCUGGAUACCCUGAGCUCCGAUACACAUAUGUGGAUUGUACUGGGACCUGGGUUUGCUAGGGACAGCAGCCAGCAAGACGGGACCAUGUGGCUGUGCUCAGCUCUGCUCUUUCUCUGCCUCCCAGGUUGUUUGGCUCUGACGGGGCCUGGCUACGUGAAGGGCAUUGAGGGGACCACUCUGCAUGUGCACUGUCGGUAUGAUGUGGGGUACAAAGGGUAUAAGAAAUACUGGUGCCGGGGAGAGCACGACAUAGGAUGUAAAAAUAUUGUGGGGACCAAAGGAGGAGAAACAGUAGAGCGGAAUGGCCAUGUGUCCAUCAGAGACCAUGCAGAUGACCUCACCAUGACAGUGACCAUGGAGGAUCUCCAAGAACAUGAUGCUGGAACUUACUGGUGCAAAAUUCAGACAAUGUGGAUCUGGGACGAAUUGUCCCGUGAUGUGGCGGAGAUGGUGAAGGUGAAUGUUAUCCUAGCAACAACUCCCGUGGUGUCCACGCUGCUACCCACGACUCACACUUUCAGGCAGAACGUCAGCAUCGAGGUGUCCACCCUCUACACACGGUCUCCGCUCACUGGUCUCCACUUGCUGCUCCUGGUCUUCCUGAAGCUGCCCGUGUUUCUGAGCAUACUCUGUGCUGUCUUCUGGGUGAACAGGUCUCAGAAGGCAGCCGGGAAGAGAGGGAGCCAGCCUGUCCAGGAGCCCUGCGGUGCACUGCCCGAGGAGUGCCCUGUGCCUGGGUUAGCCCUUCAGACUGGACCUGAGGAAUAUUUGGUGCUGGAGAGUCUGACAAGGAAACAGCAGUGGCUGGGUUCUGGAGGGGCUUCUUGCUCCUGUGCCUCAAAAGAGGGUCCUGGGCCCUAGAAGACUCUCCUUUGGUGUCCUUGGCGUGAAAAAGGGAAUAAAACUCGCUGGCCCAGGCUUGGGAGUCCUUUCUCCUCCCUGGGCUCCAUGACUCUCUGCCCUUAUGCCCUCUCUUCUCAGGAAAAAAGACCUCUGAAAAAUAAAAAGUAAUCAUAUGCUCACCA